CAAACCGCUGCACGAGAAGUCACCGAGAUUCCUGUAAUGCAGACAUCUUAAACGAAGAUUGACUCUUUAUCCUCCGAGCUGACGGAAGUGAAGCGACGUCGCUUCAGAACCUGAAACCUGCAUCACAAAAUUUCUCAUGGUCUCUGCUUCCUCUGCUCGGCCAGGAGCUUAGGCUGCUGCUUUGAAAGCAUGUCCAUCUAAUCUCUAGCUUCACAUGAAUUGGGCUUUUAAUUGGAUUUGAAAGAUGGAUCGGAGAUUCAUGUCUGCUCGAAAGGUUGAGUUCGGUAUUCUUGCGUUGAUGGUGCUGAUUUCGCAUCAUGCCAUUCAGACAUUCGGAGCAGGUCAGGUCGUAGGCUACUGGGGCCAAGAAGGCGACGACAAAACGGAAGGUUCUCUGGCUGCGCUCUGCGCGUCUGGCAACUACGGCAUUGUGAUCAUAGCAUACCUCUCAAAAUUCGGCCGAAACCAGUCUCCCGUGCUCGAUCUGGGAGGCCACUGCGAUGCUCCGACGGGAGCGUGUCAGCGCUACGCCUCGGAAAUUGCGACAUGCCAGAAACGAGGCAUCAGGGUGCUGCUCUCUCUGGGAGGAGAAGUGGGGGGCUACGGCUUCGACACGGCCGACGAAGCCCGGCUGCUGGCGCAAGACAUCUGGGACAACUACAUGGGAGGCAGCUCGAGCAAUAGCCCGCUGGGGGAGGUGAAUUUGGAUGGUCUCGACCUGCGGAUUUUCAGUGGAGGCCACAGGUUUUACGCGGAUUUGGGAGGACGGCUGCGCGAGAUCGCCCAGGACAACCAGUACAAGUAUUUGUACUUCGGCGUGUCUCCUCAGUGCCCCUGCCCCGAUCCCUCUCUGGGUCCUGACUCGGCGGGCAAGUUCAUGGAGACGAAUUUGGUGGAUCUCGUGUUCGUGCAGUUCUAUAACAACCCUGGAUGUGAUAUUCGGGGCGGGAUCGAUGACCUUGUGAGAUCGUGGAGCAAUUGGAUCACCAGGAUCACGGCUUCGAAACCGGCCUUUUACAUAUCCCUCCCUGCGAGCCCCUCGGCCGGCGAAGGGUUCAUUGACACGAAGACUCUCAAAGACAGUGUUGUACCAUCUAUCAAGACUAUUGGAAAUUACAGUGGGGUUGCGCUCUGGGCACCCAGUACGAAUAGAACAUUUGCGGCGAGUAUCAAGAGCAUUGUCUAGUUGCGUCGCUGUCUUUGAGGAUGGUGAAAGACUGGCUAGAGAAUAUCUCGUGGUCAUGGGACAAAGCACUUUGUAAAGACUUGCACUCCUGAACCUGCCGACAUCCUGGAUGCGGAAAUCCAGAUCCUCCACGAAGAACCAGUCGAAGUGGGACUUUGAUUGCUUUCUGUUGAAUAAUGAAUUGCCCACACACUUAGACCAACUCUUUCUCAUGAGUUUACGUGGAUUUUGAAGGACUUUCAUUCAGUACGCAAGUUCACUGAUGUUCAGCUUAUCACUAGCUGUACAUUCUACUCUCUGCAGAUUCAUUAUCUGUAUAUAUCUUCUAUCUUCUUUCUUCGUAAUUAUCCGCUCCUCGAGCAAGCAAAGUGAAAUCUGGCCGCGCUUGCUGCACAGGCAGGAAGUAAUUGUAAUGUCACACAUUACUAAUGUGUGAGGCGGAUGUGCCCAUAUCAGUGUCAUAUCUAUGGCCAUCAGAGUUGAGUAAUAUAGCGCCGGUGCUGAGUGGAAUGUAAAAUCAGAAUCAUAUUUAUGUAAAUGUAGGUCUCCUCUCGUUGCUCUUGCUGGUAGGCACCGAUCGCCUCCGCGAGGUCAAAGGGGAAAUUGUGCUCGCACAUCCUGAAUAAAAGAAAAAUCCUUCCUGG